GUCCGCCACGGGAUUGCCAGUAUUCAAUGCGGACUGCAGACGCGUCCCCAGCAAACUAUUUAGCGGUGCACAGCACUGAAAACCUCCGUCACUUCAGAGAAGGAAAAGUUCACUAACAACAGAAACAUAAACAAUAUUUAGUUUUUUCUCAAAAUUGAGAAUGACAGAUCGAACAAACAACUUCCCCCCUCUACCAAAGUUUAUUCCCAUAAAGCCAUGUUUUUACCAGAACGUGGAUGAGGAGAUUCCGCAACCAUACCAGCAGCUUGUGCGUCGUGUUUACAGUCUAUGGAUGUUGUACUGUAUCACACUAUGUGUUAAUGUGGUGGCUUGCAUAGCCUGGUGGGCCGGCGGGGGUGGAGCGGUCAACUUUGGCUUUGCGCUCCUCUGGCUGGUGGUUUUCAGCCCAUGUAGUUACACCUGCUGGUUCAGGCCUCUUUAUAAAGCAUUCCGGGCUGACAGUUCCUUCAACUUCAUGGCAUUCUUCUUCAUUUUCUUUCUGCAAUGUGUUCUUGUCUUCAUCCAGAGUCUUGGAUUUUCAGGUUGGGGUGCUUGUGGUUGGAUUGCCACAGUGAUGUUUUUCGGCACGAAUGUAGUCUCGGCUAUAUUCAUGCUCAUCUGUACUCUGCUCUUCACCAUAGAUACAGUUCUAAUGGUGUUCAUUCUCAUCAAGGUUCAUCGACUGUAUCGCGGUGGAGGAGGCAGUUUUCAGCGAGCGCAGGAAGAAUGGAGCACGGGCGUGUGGAAGAGCGCCCCUGUGAGAGAAGCCGGAUUUAACGCAAUCUCCGAAACCGGGCCCAGCCUGCCCCAGUAUCCAGCCGCUGUGCCCAAUUACCCCGUGAGCGGACCCUGGUGAUGCCUUUUCUGAACUACAGAUGGAGCCAGAGCACCACUGGUUGUCUUAACAUUAAAGGGGCAGUUUGCAGCGGGAUGUUCCCACAUCUCGGACUUGUGAAUAGUUACUUUGAUUUUUGUUUUUUAAAGCUCUAAUGGUAAAUCACUCCCUAAAGAAUGUAUAUAAACCAAAUUAGUUGUUUUGAGUCAAAAAGAAUAGAUUUUUUGAAUGUGAAUGACGAUCGAAAAUCAAACUAUGUUUCUGGGUGCAAAUUCCGACCCAGCAAACUGCUCCUUUAAAGACCGUCUCAACACACACUACUCGCAAACUGACAGGAAAAUGGUGGACCAUUAGUAUAAAAAUAGCAAAAAAGGACACUAUGUUGAUGAAUUCAUCUCAGUUCAUUUGAGCCUUAAUUUUUCUUAGCAUUCCAUUGACUUGUUUCAGAAUGAAAUCAGUUGCAUAUCAAAAUCAAUGAAUCGUGUUUCGCAUACAAUCACAUUACCGUUUUAGGGAAGGUGAUUUUUAGGAGGAAAACGCAUGUUUCGUCAAAGUCAUGGCAGCUUUUCGAUUUACCUCGCAAAACCCGGUCUGACAUUUCUAGUUCAGUGCUUCUGCGAUUCAUUUCAAACUUCAGUUCAUUGUUUCGCUUUUAAGAUUUCCAAGCAUGUCUUUGUAAACGGUAUGAUUUGCAUAUGACACACCCUUUUAUACACUGCAGCAAUGCAUUGCAGAUUUUUUAAGAUCUAUGACUGAGAAUGUUUCUUGCAAACACAUUGUGUGCCUGCUCUUUUCUGUUUCUUCGAAAAUGAAGACCGCCUUAAAUCUUCAUGCAAAUGAAGCAUGUAUAAACCAGUAGCUUUCAAGUUUCCCUCAAGUGCUGCAUCUCUUCAUCCUAUGCUAUUUUUAAUACUGGCUUCUAAAUAUGUAUUGCUUUGCAUUUAUUCCUUGUUUCAUUUCAGUAAUCAUCAUGCUUCGUAUGGAAGCAUUGUGUUUACAAAAGUGAGGCGCUCAUUAUAAAAAUGUGACUUGAUCUUUAGUACUUUUCGUUUAAGAUCUCCCUCCACCGAGCCAAAGGAGGCUGAUUUUGAAACGUUUUAUGACUGACCUCGUGUAGCCAAAGUAUUUAACAAUCCUGUAUCUAUAAUGUGACCAGAAUGGCUCUCUUCCUACCUUUAUUUCAAUAAAAACAUUCCUUUUCAGACUAAAGCUGCUUUUAUUGUAGUC